CUCACCCCCGCACGCACAAUGGAACCUGCUGACACAGUGCUCAAAACUGAUUCUUGAUCGAUGCUUCCGAAAACGUGAAAACUCAUCUAUUUUCAACGGAGGACUAGUCAUUUUGUUCCAAUUAAAGUCAACACGUGGACUUGUUUUCUGGAAAACAUCCACACGAGCAUGCUUCGCAGUCAACACAGUAGUGGAAACUGAGAGACGAAAUAUUUGUUUCAAACAACUUGGAUUAAAUUUCAGUUUGAUCUGCAAAUAUUAAACUGGAUACCACAGCAAUACGGACUGCUAUGAGGGGAUCAACCCCAGGUUCAGGAGCAGGAACAUAGAGCAGACGGACUGAGGGACGGACGGACAGAGGUGCUGUCCAGAGACCCCGCCUGACCUGACGAACGCAGACGGAACGACGGCCGGACAGUCUGAUGCCAAGCGUCUCCACUGUCAAUCUCACGGCACCACUCCUCCUCCUGUUGCUAUGGGCGACCCAGCCCACCAUGGCAACCAACUGGCUCUCCCUGGCGAGGCUGCCUCGCUCCAGGCCCGUGUCCGGUGAUGCCCCAUGUGCGCGGCUGAGGGGGCUGACCCCGGGGCAGGUGGGGGUGUGCAGGGCACGGGGGGAGGUCAUGGAGUCCGUACGCAAGGCUGCCGAGAUGGUCAUAGAGGAGUGUCAGCACCAAUUCCGGAACCGCCGCUGGAACUGUUCCACUACCCCCCGAGGGAUCAAUGUAUUUGGCAGAGUCAUGAACCAAGGCACCCGCGAGGCAGCCUUUGUGCACGCUCUGUCCUCAGCAGCGGUGGCGGUGGCCGUGACCCGGGCGUGCACACGCGGGGAGCUGGAGAGGUGUGGCUGUGACAGGAAGGUCAGAGGGGUGAGCCCCGAGGGUUUCCAGUGGUCUGGCUGCAGUGACAACCUGUCCUACGGCGUCGCCUUCUCACAAACCUUUGUGGAUGAACCGGAACGAGCCCGAGGGCUGUCUGCUGGACGACCACUGAUGAACCUUCACAAUAACGAGGCCGGUCGCAAGGCCAUCCUUCACAACAUGCAGGUGGAGUGCAAGUGUCACGGCGUUUCUGGCUCCUGUGAGCUGAGAACCUGCUGGAAAGUCAUGCCGCCAUUCCGGCGCGUCGGCAUCGUGCUCAAGGAGCGCUUUGACGGAGCCACAGAGGUCCGCCUGACUCGCAUUGGAUCCAGGACCGCUCUGCUCCCUCGCGACCUGCAGGUGAAACCCCCCGCUGCCAGAGACUUGGUGUACCUCGCACCGUCUCCAGAUUUCUGCCACCUUGACCCUGACAACGGUAUCCCUGGGACCGCAGGCAGGAGAUGCAAUGGAACCUCUCGGUUGGCACCGGACGGCUGCGAGCUGGUGUGCUGCGGGCCGGGCUACAGAGCGGGCCGGGCCGAGGUGGUGCAGCGCUGCUCCUGCAAGUUCUCCUGGUGCUGCUCAGUCCGCUGCCAGCAGUGCAAGAACACUGUCACCAUUCACACCUGCAGAGUUUAAAAGCCACUCCGGUCCCUACCGACGCCCCCAUACUCCUCCCUAUUAAAAUAAACGUAACACCUUAGAAGAGAGACAAACAAACACCAGACAAGACACUCCUGAUCCACAGGAUGAGCAUAGGACUAUUUUACCACUGAUGACAUGUUUAUCUCUUUAUCAGUUUACCUAAAAUCAGUUUUACAACAAAGCAGUCAAGGCUGUUCUGAAUUCUAACGUACAAGUUGGCCCACGGGCCUAAUACAAGCCCAAAUAGGGUACCAUUGUUACUUCUUACGCGUUCGUAAUACUGAAACCGACGUGCAUGCUCACAAGUACGCUGAUCACUCACUAUGGAAAGCCGUUUGAGCAUCUAGUCGAUAUUUUAAAUCCACCUAAAGGACCAUGUACUAGUGCCUUCUUUCUCAUCACGAGUUAGACAAUUCACUGUUCUAGUAGAAUGAGUAGGGUGCAGUAGUAGAAUGACUGUGUCUUACUAGUGACAUUUGUUUCUAUUAGUGCCACUUUUGGCAUACAGGUAGAAAAUUAAACCUUACUAGUAAACUACUGUCCUAUACUAGUAACACUACUGCUGUUGCCCUAAUGAGUAGGCACAGGUAAUGCACUAGCAACAAAAUGUCCACCAGUAACAUGUAGUUGUAGUGCUAGUGGGUUAAAGUUGUCCUACUAAUGUGCAGACAUGUUAUACAGUAAAAUAAAAAUAAACUUACGAGUAAGACACGGUCGUUCUACUAGUGCACUGAAUUGUCUUCCUGGUAGGGAUGGCUUUCCAUAAAGCUGUUUUAAGUAUUUAUUUCUCUGUAUAGCUCUUUGUCCUCACGCCAAAGUUGUCCUACUAGUGAGAACAAAAAAACGUACUAGUGCAUGGACCUUAUGAUGGAUAUCAAGGAUACGGAAAAAAAGCUCUAACUAGUAGAACCCCUCAGAGGCACUAGUAGAAUGACUGUCUUAGGAGUAACCUUAUUUAUUUCUUCACACUACUAGGACAAUUUUGGCAUAGUAGUAGGAUGACAACUUAUUAAUGAGGCAAAACUACACAAGCUGACUAGUUAACAUCUAGCACUUCACUAGUCAUACUAGCAAAAUGCAGAUGUCAACUACUGCAGUUAACAUGAACCUGGCCUUUUAGUCUGCAAAAAUUGUCCUACUAGUGUGCUGAAAUGCCAUGCAGUAUUGGAAAAAAAAAAAAGCAUUACUUGUAAGUGUACUGAAUUGUCCUACUAGUGAAACCAAAGAGUGUACUAGUACAUGGAUAUCAAGGAUAUCAAAUAAAUGCACAAACGGCUUUCUAUGACUCACACAGACAACUGCUAAUGAUCUCACAUUGAACCGACAAUGCUCUCAAAGCUGAACGUAAGCAGCACUAACAGGGAAGCGUUCCAGCACUAGUUUUUAUUUCCUAGGUGGAUUCACGUCCUCUCGAACACCGUUUAUUUAUUGCACACGGGAGCCGUUGCUGCACUUCAGCCUCCGGCAGACAUGUUAAACACAGAAAAUAACUUCUAUUGACAUCUGUGUCCGUCUGUCUCUUGUUUCGCACCCUAGCCUCGUGUCAAUCGAGCUUCUAUGCACUCGCAGUGCUUUUAGCUUUGCUUGUGUCAUCUAAUAAAUACAGUAGUUUUGUACCACUAGAAUGUGAAGUGCUUCUUUUAAUUGCCUGGUCAUGUUUAAGUCGGUUUGCUUGCCUAACAGUAAGAUGUUUGUGAAACAGA